AUGCGUCGUAUGCGUCGUGGUAAACGUCCGGUGCCCUUGACGCCGCGAAGCUUCCAUGUAGCUAUCGCCGAAGCCGUCAGAGGCUACGAUCCUACUGCACCAGGACCAUCCGAGGGUCAGGGGGCUUCAGUUGUCCAGCCUCCUUACGAACCGCAUGGAACGCCAGUCGUUAGCCCGCCUGUUGUCCAGGUACCUUACGAGCUUGACGGGACUCCGAUCGACCCUUCUUCUCAAAACGGAAGCACUUGUGUCAAGGGAUGUGACAAGAAGUGUCCCAAGAACAAGUGUGUAAAGGCUACACGUCGUACAGCCUCUUUCAGAGACGAUAGCUCUACCCAGGCCGAGACCAGCGAGUCUGAGGCUCAAACCAGCGAAGGCAGCAGCAAGGCGCCUUCCGAGGCCAAGAAGACCAACAGCAACAAAUCCUCCAAUGCAAACUCCACCGAGGAUGAGUCUGAAUCACAGACUGAUGAGGCCUCAGCUCCAGAGGCAGAGGCAAGCUCGGCCAAUGAGGACCCAAACUGGACAAUCUCCCAGGACUGCCUCCUUCGCGGGAUGAAGGAGGGCGACUCACCACUCCCCUGGACCGAGAUCGCGACCGCCCUAGGAAAAACAAAGACCGAGGUGGCCGAUCGCUGGAACCUCAUCAAGGAUCUCCCCACCGAGAAAGAGCCCGAGGUUUCUUCUUCUGACGAUACCACGGAUUCAAACGACGACACCAGCGGCGAUGCCGAUGAUGAAUCCGAGAGUGACACCGACCAAGAGUCGAACGAAGAAGAGGACGAGGAAGUCGAAGUUGAAGGGUCUGACGAUGAUGAAGAAGACGAAGAGUCUGAAGAAGACUCCGAUGUUGACUACGACGACUCUGAUGAUGACGACGAAGAAGAGUAUGAAGAAGCCAGCACCAAGGGCAAGGGAAAGAGUCCAAUCCACAACAAGUGGCACACCGGUAUCCGCAACGAAAAGAUUGCUGCCGAGAACAAGCAGGCAAAGGCCAACGCAAAGGCCAAAGCCGCUCAGCGAGAUGACCACUCCUCCUCCGGUGAGGAUGCUUCCUCCGAAUCGUCCGAUGUUGAAUCCAGCAGCUCCGAUUCCCAGGUCAUCAUCUGUGAUUCCGACAAGCGCGCUGACAUGCGCUAUCUCCAGGACCGUGUGUACAAGUUGCUCUACCCGCCAGAGAUUCACCCCGAACCUGACGAGAACUUCUGUAAGAAGGACUGCGAGCUGCUCGGAUCUAUUGACAGCAAAUAUAAGAACCGCUGGCUUGAAAUGCAGGCAAACUUCUUCAACGUCACAGGCCGCUUGAUCCCCCUGGAGUUGAUCCGAGCCAAGUGUGAGCGCGCCGAGGCUGAACGUGCCGAGAAGGAGGCCAGACGUGCCAAGAGGGCCGCUGAGCGUGAGAAGGAAGAUCGCGAAAAGGUCAAGGAGUGGAUUCAAGAUGUUCCUGAUGAGGAUGAGUCCGACGAUUCUGGUGAGCCCGAGGAGGAAGACAACUCUGAGGAGUCUGGUGAGGAGUCUGGUGAAGAAUCCGGUGAAGAGUCUGAUGAGGAUUCCGAGGAGGAUUCUGAAGAAGACUCCGACGACUCUGAUGACUCUUCGAAUUCCGAGUCUUGA